UCGCACAUUAGGAACAAGGUGAUACGUUGUUAAGUCAUCGUCGGUCCUCGUGCUUGAAAUGUGCUAGUGCUGCGAGUGCGCGUUGACGUUAAUAACAUCGACACUGCAACUGAAAACCGCGUUUCCGUGUAAACACCGUCAGAAGAAACCGGUAUUCAAAAUGAUGUUUAAAUACAUGUGUUUGGUUUUGUUCAUAACGUGGUAUCAGUUAGCUGAAUGCCACCCUGCAAGCUCUAACGUCAAGUCAUUAGAUUCCAUGAUCGAAAAGGAAUCUGAAGCAUUUUUAGCUGUCGAAGCAGAAAACUCAAGCCAUAAAAAUGUCAGAGACAAAAGGACAAUCGGCUUCUUAAGGCAGCUGUUUCCAAAUCUAUCUCAGAUAGUCGACAGGAAGAUCCAACAAAUCACACGAUUCGUAUUCCGCGUGAUCGGCAGGCUGGUGCUCCGUGGCGGWGGGGCUGGUGCUGGUGCCGGUGCGGGCGGUGCCGGUGCCACGGCCGCUGCUGGUGGUGAAUCUGGCGCCAAUGGUGGCCGGCGGAUAUCGAUCACGUUGCCCACGUUCCCGCCGUCCACAGACGACGAAGAAGAAGAAGAUUCAGCGACGGUGUUGCCGACGGCCACCGCCGACUCGUCAUCCUCAUCGGCUUCGCCAUCGUCGGACGCUGACCAGCUUUCAUCGAGAAUAUCGGAACCGGCUUCAUCCGAGGCGGCCGCCACCGAUUCCGCGCCGGCCGCAUCCGCAGAUUCAGGCACGGCCGCCGACUCAGCCGUGGCCGCUGACUCGGCUUCUGACGUGUCGGUCACCACCGCCGACCCGGUCACCACCCCAUUGGACUCAGACAACAUAGUCGGCACCGGUAUUGUGAAGAGAAAGGCAAGGGAAGUUUCGACAAACGAACCAAGCUCAACGAAAAAACGGUCACCGCUUACUGACACUGAUAACGAAGUAUCAUCCGACAACACUUUGUCGUCGAACGCCGGCGAUGACGCCCAAGCCGAAGUGGUUGCGGACGAAGACCCUAGGAAUAAACGGUUCUUAUUUAAUCUGCGAGGAGGAGCCGGCGGUGGAUCCGGCAACUUUUUCUUCGACCUGAUCCGAUUGGUGGCUGGAAGCGGAGCCAAUCAAGACAGAGAAGAGUCAACUGACUCUGUGCCGGCCGAAGGCGAAGCCCAAGARGUGCACGCGGACGUGAAUGCCAAAGAAGACGGAUACAGCGUCGGCGUACCCGGACCUCUGACGAGAAUAUUCGUAAUUGCCAACAGGGGAGUUGCCAAUUUGGUCCAAGACCUGAUACUGAGAUUGGCCCAGACCACCGAACGAAUAGUGAACUUCAAAGCCAGAUUAAUUACAUCCCUCAUCUAAGCAAAUAUUCAAGUUUGUGUAGUAAAAUGUAAUUUAUUACCUGCGAGCGGCGUAUUUUAGUCAUGACUUAUGAGAUUAAAUCAUAACUUAGUUUGCACAACCGUAAACCUACGUCGAUUUUUUUAUAUAUAACACGAUUUUUUAACUAUGUGUUUGAAUAACAUCUCCAAUUCGUGUCUUACCCAUCAACUACGUCGUGUCGCACACACUCACCCAUACAAAUACUCAUAUACACGCAUUAAAAUAUUUUACAACCAAGUCAACAUUUAAURAAAUAUUCGACAUAUUAUAAUGUUCAAAUUUUUUUUUUUUUUUCGUAAAAUAUUGUUCUGCCAAUGCAAUUUAAACACUGUAUACGUUAAUAACGAUGUCCAUAUCUCUCGCACAAACAACAAAUGAUUUUAAUAGAUYAACAUUUUCAAAACAAGUGCCAAAAUACAAAAUAUAAUUUUAAAACCAUCAGACGAUAACGAUAUGUCAUACGAUCACCAAUUUAUAAUUAUUUAUACCUAUGACGUGCACUAUAAUAUCAGUAGUCUUGUUGAAUAUAUAGGUACAUCUCUUAACGAUUUAAUCGGCACGUCUUAUUAAAUUWAAUACACAGUGUACCUACAACUAUCAAUUGGUAGUUAUCAACAUUAAAACACUGAUUUUAGACUAUUGUAGUGAUUUAAUUAAUCAAUUAAAAAAUCAAAAUCAAAAUUACGUAGGUACUCAUGUAUAAUUAAUAUUAGUAAUAAAUAUAAAAUUGUAAAAACAUUAUCAUAUAAAUACUUAUUUACCUUGUAGUAUACUAUUUUUAUUUAUUAGACCCAUGAAAUACCUAAAUGUAAACUUGUCUACUGUAUAAAUUA